GUGUCAAGUUUUCGUAUCUAUCCAUUCGUCACAACAGUUGUAGUGUCUAAAGGAACAGAAACCAACAAGUCUUUCGGCUUUCCGGCCUUGUCGCUCUGCAAUCUCAACGCUUUCAACACUCGGAGAUUUAGAGAUCUCUACAAUGGGUCGCCCAACGAACCUUUUAUUGAGAGAUAUAUCAAAGACAUUUCUCUUAUGGCAACAAAAUCAGAGGAGAUUUUAACAAAAGAAUUUAAAUCCAGAAACUUGGGACUUUUUUAUCGCUUUCGAACGGCCGACCAAACGUUGGGUGUGAAAGGCAUCAUGAGCCAUCAAGUUGCUGAAAUGCUGCUUCCAAGCAAGUCUCUCGGUUCCAUUCAUGCUCUUUAA